AAAGUUCGGAGGGAGUGGCUAGGAAUGUCCCCGGAAGGGCCAUCACCUCUGUCCCCAAGCCCCAGAGGGCUACAGGGGUUAGGGAGUGGGGGUAUCUGGAGGCCCUGGCUGGAGUGGAGGAGAGGAACCCUGCCCCCUCAAAGGCCAAGCACCCCCUAAUCCCACACACACACUAUCUGGGCGUUUCUGCCACUUGAACGGUUAACCUGAAGUCACUGCUCGCAGCCAAUCACAGAGCCCUGUAGAAAAUACCUGAGCAGCCCUGCCAGGCCCAUCCACUCAGCCUCAGUCUGUCCCCAGCAGCUCUCUGCUCGCAGCCACCGGACACCACCUCGUCCCAAACUGAGUGCAGGCCCUGCGCAUGGCUCACGGGGCCCAGCUCCGCUGGACACUGCUGCUCGGGGCACUGCUGGUGGUGCGGGCAGCAGCGACGCCCGCCCGCCUGCUGCCCAUGCUCACAUCGGGCAGUGGCACUCUGGACCAGGAGGCGCUGGGCGGCCUGUUAAAUACACUAGCGGCCCGUGUGCACUGCGCCUCUGGGCCGUGUGGAAAGUGUCUCUCCGUGGAGGAUGCCCUGGCCCUGGGUAGGGCCAGGUCACCAGGGCUCCCCUCAGAGUUGGUCCUGCACGCUAGGGACGCAGCCCGCCUCAGUGCAGCGGCUGCCCUCUACCUCAGCGACCCCCACGGCACCUGUGAGGACAUCCAGGCUGGCCACUGGGGCUCCCAUGCCGACCACCUCUUGGCCACACUUGAGGGCCCCACGGCCCUGGCCCUGGGCCUCAGCCAGCUGCUCAGGAAGAUCCAGGCCCAGGCGGGCACGGAGGACGCCACUGCGGAGGCCUGCGUGGAGGUGCCUCAGCUGCUGGAGGAGGCUGCGGUGGAAGGCCCUGGGGGCCCAGGCGCGGCCCUAGCCGCCCUCCUAGACCACGUCCAGAGCGGCGACUGCUUCCACGCCCUGCCCACCCCCCAGUACUUCGUGGACUUUGUGUUCCGGCACCACACCAGCGAGGCCCCCAACAUCACAAUGCCUGAGCUAGCCACCUUGAUGCAGAGCCUAGGAGUGGGUGGAGGGGAGGAGCUCCUGGAACUCCAGGACCACAGUGACCUCAGCGACCACGAUCACCGCCACCUGGACAGAGGGGCCUCAGGGAGAUGGAGCCACCAGGGCCUUGUGCCCCCUGCCACCCCCAACAGCAGCUUGAGUGUGUGGGACACGGUGUGCCUGAGCCCCAGGGACGUGAUGGCCGUGUACGGGCUGUCGGAGCAGGCCGGGGUGGCCCCAGAGGCCUGGGCCCGGCUCAGCCCUGCCCUCCUGCAGCAGCAGCUGAGUGGGGCCUGCAGCCCCCAGCACAGCCCCCAGACCCAGACCCAGCUCAGCCACAUGGAGACGUACCUAUACAGCUCCCUGGCCACACUGCUCAUCUGCCUGCUCCCCAUGCUGGGCCUGGCACUACUGCUCUGCGCCCGCCACCCUGCCACCACCCACUACACCAUCCAGACCCUUCUCAGCAUGGCAGUGGGAGCGCUCACCGGAGACGCCCUUCUGCACCUGAUGCCUCAGGUGCUGGGGCUGCAUGGCAUGGACCAUAGCCACGGGGGGGCUGCCCUCGGUUCCCAGCACACCUGGUGCCUCCUGGCCAUGCUUGGUGGCAUCUACGCCUUCUUCCUCUUUGAGAACCUCUUCAACCUGUUGCUGCCCCGGGACCCAGAGGAGGGCCACAGCCACAGCAUGUCCCUGCAGCUGAAGCCCCACCAGCGGUCUCAGGAGGGCUCGCGGGCAGACCUGGUGGCUGAGGGAAACCCUGACCUGCUCAGCCCUGUGCCCCGGAAACUCAACCCAGAACUGCGGCUCCUGCCCUAUAUGGUCACUCUGGGCGAUGGUGUACACAACUUCGCCGACGGGCUAGCCCUGGGCGCGGCCUUCUCGACCUCCUGGAAGACCGGCCUGGCCACCUCUCUGGCAGUCUUCUGUCACGAGCUGCCCCACGAGCUCGGGGACUUCGCAGCCCUGCUGCACGCCGGACUGUCGGUGCGGCGCGCGCUGCUGCUGAACCUGGUCUCAGCCCUGACCGCCUUCGUGGGCCUCUACGUGGCGCUGGCCACGGGCGUGGGCGAGCACAGCCACACCUGGAUCCUGGCCGUGGCCUCAGGCCUCUUCCUCUACGUGGGGCUCUGCGACAUGCUUCCUGCCAUGCUGCGAGAGCGCGACCCACGGCCCUGGCUCCUCUUCCUGCUGCACAACCUCGGCCUGCUGGGCGGCUGGGCAGUGCUGCUGCUGCUGUCCCUGUACGAGGACAGAAUCAUGCUGUGACCAGUCACCCCUACAGCCCGAGGCGAGUCGAGCCCCUGCCAGCUGCCGCCCAGCCUCAAUAAAGAAGCCUUGUUCCCAGCA